AGGGAAGGGGAUGGGGGUAAGGGGGCAGUGCCACCUCCAAGCAUGAAAGCAGCUGCAGCAUUUCUGACCCCCCUGUGUACCCCCUCCCAGAUCUGCCUCUGCUCCUCACUCCUGACCCACAGGCCCCUGCUAGCCCAGCCCUGGGCUCCCCCGCCCACCCCAGCUCUGCCGGUGCCCCUCACUCCUGACCCACAGGCCCCUGAUAGCCCAGCCCUGGGCUCCCCUGCCCACCCCAGCUCUGCCGGUGCCCCUCACUCCUGACCCACAGCCCCCUGCUAUCCCAGCCCUGGGCUCCCCCGCCCACCCCAGCUCUGCCAGUGCCCCUCACUCCUGACCCACAGCCCCCUGCUAUCCCAGCUCUGCCAGUGCCCCUCACUCCCAACCCGCAGCCCCCUACUAGCCCAGCCCUGGGCUCCCCCGCCCACCCCAGCUCUGCCAGUGCCCCUCACUCCUGACCCACAGCCCCCUGCUAUCCCAGCUCUGCCAGUGCCCCUCACUUCCGACCCGCAGCCCCCUACUAGCCCAACCCUGGGCUCCCCCGCCCACCCCAGCUCUGCUGGUGCCCCUCACUCCUGACCCGCAGCCCCCUGCUAUCCUAGCUCUGCCAGUGCCCCUCACUCCAGACCCGCAGCCCCCUGCUAGCCCAGCCCUGGGCACCCCACACCCAGUUCUGCUGGUGCCCCUCACUCCCGGCCCUGCUCUCCCCUACCCCCGGCCCCACCCUCUACUCCAGUCCUGAGACACCAGUUGUGCUUGGCCGCGUGAGGAGCAUUGCUGGGGUCUGGCCCACACCCCACACUGGUUCACCCCGGCGUUGGCCUGGGGCAGGAUUUGAGCCCAGCGCUCUGGCGCUGAGCAGAGACAGCUGGGGAUCCUGCGGCAUGUCCUGAUGCCCUUGGCUUUCCCCCCGCCAGCUGCCAAUGGUGAAGGAUGAUGAUCCUGCUGCCCAACAGCACAGAUGGGGCAUGGGCGAGCAACGCCGAGCCGCUGGAGUGGGAGCAGCAGUCACCCUGCGAGGAGGGGAUCCUCCCUGUCAUUUACUACAGCGUGCUGCUGGGCCUUGGGCUGCCAGUUAACGUCCUGACGGCCGUCGCCCUGUCCCGCCUGGCUGCCAGGACAAAGAAAUCGUCCUACUGGUACCUGCUGGCCCUGACCGCCUGCGACAUCCUCACCCAGGUCACCAUCAUUUUCAUGGGCUUCAUCCUGCAGAUGGCCAUCCUGGCCCACAAGGGGCCCCAUGCCUUCAUCCACACCGUCAAUGUCCUGCAGUUUGCCACCAACCACGCCUCCAUCUGGGUGACCGUGCUGCUGACGGCCGACCGCUACGUGGCGUUGUGCCAUCCGCUGCGCUACCGCAUGCUCUCCUACCCCGAGCGCACCCGGAAGAUCAUCGCCGCCGUCUUCGGCACGGCGCUGGCCACUGGGAUCCCCUUCUACUGGUGGCUGGACAUCUGGCACAACUCCCAGCCGCCCACCACCGUGGACAAGGUCCUCAAGUGGGUUCACUGCUUCACCAUGUAUUUCAUCCCCUGCAGCAUCUUCCUGGCCACCAACUCCGUCAUCAUCUGCAAGCUCAAGUGGGAGAAGCAGGUGGACGGGCACCACCGGCGCAUGGGCAAGACCAUCGCCAUGCUGAUGGCCGUCACCACCGUCUUCACUGUGCUGUGGGCACCCCGGACGUGCGUUAUCCUCUUCCACCUUUGCACGGGCUCCACCAACAAGGACUGGAGGCUGCACGUGGCUCUGAAACUGGCCAACAUGAUUGCCAUGCUCAACACCACCGUCAACUUCUUCUUCUACUGCUUCGUUAGCAAGACCUUCCGCCGCACGGCCGGUGAGGUGAUCCGCUCCUGCAGUCCUUUCUGCACCGGGCACGGCCAGCCGCCCAACAACGGGGGCUUUCUGCACUCGGCUCUGAAACCGCUGGGGCUGCUGGAAAGUGUGUCCCUUUAGGGCAACAGCGUCGGUGCGGUCCUGCUCUCGAAGGGUUCCCAGUCACUGGAAUGUGCAGCCUGGCUACCCCAUUCCCACCUGGCCCCUCACAUCCCGGCCCCCAAGGGGCUUGGGCAGAGGGCAAGAUGGGGUGUGCAGCAGCCAGGGCAAGGCGGUGGGUUACAGUGUACUGGCUGGAUAGGAGGCAGCUGGCAGUAGUUGGCAUGGGCAAGAUGCCAGCUGGUGCAGUGGCCCCAACAGAGCAGGAAUACUCAGACCUGGUACCCUGACUUGAGGCAUCUGCGAUUGCUGUGAACUCCUGUUAUGACUGUGGAAGGGAACCAGGCCAUCUUGGUCUUGUGCCCACGAGACCAUAUUGAGCAAGUGCCAGGCCUAGUGCACUAGGCCGCUGCACCCAAUGCCGCUCUCCCACAAGGUCCAUCUGGGACCACAGCAAGGGUCAGGCUGAGGGGAGGCCUGUUUUAAUGCCUGGGCCUGGAGGGAGGAGACACGCAGUUGUUUGGGGAUGCUGCAGGGGGUGCUAAGCCCUUAGCAUCCCACUGGAAGCCCUGCGGUUGUAACACAUACCCCAGGGACAUUGGAUUGUCAGGUGGGGAAGCCAAGAUGGUGUGGAAUUAAAGGACAUGCCCAUGGUUACCUGGCAAGGCUGCGACCUGGACGGGAAUGGAACCCAGGAACCUGGCAAACAGUUCUCCUUUCUAACCACUAGGCAAGACUGCUCGCUCGGCCAUUCGCCGCUUCUGGCCCCCCAAGAUCCCAGUUUGGUCAGGUCAGAGCAUUUAAUCUCUCUCUGUUUUAUUGCCCAUCGCUCCUGAAGCAAAGGGCUAUGCACGCAAUGCUCUGCCUGCGGGAUGCUGGUGUAGCUGGAUGUUCUGGGGCCCUGGGACCAGCUGAGCUGCUGGGUUCCUGCCAUUGAAAAUGUCUGUGAUGCCCACAUGAGCUCCACCACGUAUCAAAGCACUAGCGCCUGGCACAGCAGCAGGGCACCACGGAUAAGUCGGGAGCGCUGGGCAGAGUUGGUGCUGGUGGGGCCGUGGCGAGGGCCCUGCCUCACACUGCCAGUGCAAGGCCAAUAAACCUCCAGGUCAUGAUCAAAAUUCUCGCUUUGGAUCUCGUUCUUCCCAGAGCGAACCUGGCGCCGUGUCCUGUGAGGGGUUGGGGGGAGUCUGGCCUCCCUCCCACUCAAGGCUGUAUACAACCAGCCCGAAUGGGUCUGCAACACACAGGCUUGGCUCCAUAACACAUCCUCACCCAGCUGCCCCAGUGCCCAUGAGGGACCCUAUCAUAAAGCAUUGUGCACAGCCCAGGAGACCCUACAAUAACAUACCACUAUGUACAGCCCUGAGUGCCCCUACAAUAACCCACCAGGCACAGCCCUGGCCCUCACAAGUCACCCUACGAUAACGAAAUCCUCGCUUCAGAGCUCCCCCGCAAGCUCUCUCCUAGCCCAUGGGGCCUGAUACCUGCCCCAAUGGGUGGAGACUGUGAGCCGUGGGCAGAUCUGGUGAGGGUAGAAGAGACCCGCGGCUGGAAUAGCCAGGGGGCUGCAGGGCUGGAUUGAGGGGCGUCAACAGCACAGUUUCGGGUUGGGGAGGAGCUAGGUUCCCCCCGAGUCGCCUUGGCCAGAGCCCAGCUUUCAGAGCUGCCUGUCCAGCGCACCCACACCUGGC